UUUCAGCUGUAUUGAUUUUUUAAAACAAAAAAAUGGAUUUCUUAAACUCUUCUGAUCAAAACUUGACCUCAGAGGAACGGUUAAACAGAAUGCCAUCCAAAAUCCUGGUGUCCCUCACUCUUUCGGGGCUGGCACUGAUGACAACGACCAUCAAUUCCCUCGUCAUUGCUGCAAUAAUUGUGACCAGGAAGCUGCACCACCCAGCCAACUAUUUAAUUUGCUCCCUGGCUGUCACAGAUUUCCUUGUAGCAGUGUUGGUGAUGCCCUUCAGCAUUGUGUAUAUUGUAAGAGAGAGCUGGAUUAUGGGGCAAGUGGUCUGUGACAUUUGGCUGAGUGUUGAUAUUAUCUGUUGUACCUGUUCCAUCUUGCAUCUCUCAGCUAUAGCUUUGGAUCGCUAUCGGGCCAUCACAGAUGCUGUUGAGUAUGCCAGGAAAAGGACUCCCAAGCAAGCUGGCAUUAUGAUUACAAUAGUUUGGAUUAUAUCUGUCUUUAUCUCUAUGCCUCCUCUGUUCUGGAGACACCAAGGAACCAGCCGAGAUGAUGAGUGCGUCAUCAAGCAUGACCAUAUUGUUUCCACUAUUUAUUCAACAUUUGGAGCAUUUUACAUUCCACUUGUGUUGAUUUUGAUUCUUUAUUACAAAAUAUAUAGAGCAGCAAAAACAUUAUACCACAAAAGACAAGCAAGUAGAAUUGCAAAGGAGGAGCUGAAUGGCCAAGUCCUUUUGGAGAGUGGUGAAAAAAGCACUAAGAUGGUUUCCACACCCUACAUGCUGGAAAAAUCUUUAUCUGAGCCAUCAACAGAUUUUGAUAAAAUUCAUAACACAAUGAAAAGUCUCAGGUCUGAAUUCAGGCAUGAAAAAUCUUGGAGAAGGCAAAAGCUCUCAGGCACAAGAGAACGCAAAGCAGCCACUACCCUGGGAUUAAUCUUGGGUGCAUUUGUAAUAUGUUGGCUGCCUUUUUUUGUAAAAGAAUUGAUUGUUAAUGUCUGUGAAAGAUGUAAAAUUUCUGAAGAAAUGUCAAACUUUUUGGCAUGGCUUGGUUAUCUCAAUUCCCUUAUAAAUCCACUUAUUUACACAAUCUUUAAUGAAGACUUCAAGAAAGCAUUCCAAAAACUUGUACGAUGUCGAUAUUAG